AUGGUCAUCAAAGAGGCAGAGAGAGUAACCAAGAAAACGUCUGAGAAGAGCGGAGACGAGACGAAUAGAAAACUCCACAAACGAAAAUGUUCACUAACCGUCCGCCCGGCCCGAUCUCAAGCGUCCAAAUCAACCGCUGAAAAAUCACGAAAAUCACCGUGGAACUCCCAGCUUUCAGACUCUUCUAAGAAAACAGGCCAAGGUGGCCAGGGAGGACCGCGGCCAAAUAUGAAAGGAUCCGUUCUGGAAAUUCUCGACCGAGUCAAAGAAGAGUUCAACUUCCAGUCUACACAGAACCAAAGCUUGAAGCUCGAGUGCGAGAAGCUUGUUUCCGAGAAGACGGAAAUCCAACGACAUUACGUGAUGUACUACGAGAUGAGCUACGGCCUCAACAUCGAAAUGCACAAACACUCGGAGAUAGUCAAGAGGCUCAACUCGAUCAUCGUCCAGAUCCUUCCUUUUUUGUCACAAGAGCAUCAAAGUCAAGUUGCGGCAGCAGUUGAACGAGCAAAGCAAGUGACGGCACAAGAGCUUCACAGUAUAAUAGGGGGUGCCUCGAUGUCUGCACAUCCACCGCCUAUACCUUUGCCAGGUCAUCCUCCGACAGGUCUACCAGGACCUCCUUCGGUUUCCUUAGAAUCACGCCAGAGCUUACAUGCUCCCGCUACGACGAAAUCAGAAUCUCGUGCUCCAAGCCGACAAGUCACUCCUUCUCCUCGCCCUCGCCCCGUUGAACCCCCUCGUGCAGUUUCUACAGAACCCGAACACCCCGCAAAACGUCAGCGCGUGAACGAAGAAGGGACACCAGCCCCAGCUGAACCUAUUCCAACUCAAAAUGGCGCACCUCCUGCUACGGAAGGCGACGAUGAAGAGCUUGAUGUUGACGUGGAUGACGAGCCAGGUAAAACUGAGAAUGGCGAACAUCCUUCCGCGCCUCCAGCCGACGCUGCAUCCGCCACCGCUCCAGUUGUCCCGACUACAUCAGUAGGACAACCUCCGCCAAGACCUGCUUCUAAUGCUUCUGGCACAAAUCACACAGAAGCACAAAUUCCAAAGCCCGAGGUUAAAACUGAAGUAAAGCCAGAGCCUCAAGUUAAACAGGAAACUCCACGCAGAAGUCCACAAAGUGGCGCUCAGCUUCCUCCUCGACCACCAUCUAUUCCCAACAAAACGCCAAACCAAAUGCCAAAACAGAUACCACAGAGUCACAGACCUUCAGGAAUCUCUCCAGUGCCGCGUCCAGCGGGGUUGGUCCAUUCAGGGGACCCUCGGCUAGUUCGUCCAGCUGCCAGCCUCGCAGGAUAUCCUCCUGGAUACAUCAACCAACUCGGUGCUCCACCUGGCUUGGGUGCUCAUGGUUUAGGGCCAAUGCCAGGAGUCAAAGGACAGUCCCCUCUUACUGCUGGUAGGAAUCCAAUGUCUCAUUUGGCAGUUUCCCAAUCAGCAGGAAUGUAUGGACGCCAGUUACCACAAAGUGCCUAUGAAGCUUCGAUGAGAGGAAUCAGUCCAGCCCACCAAAAGUGUUACUCGGUGCAAUAUUCCGGGGACGGUCCUCCAACACCAGUUCCAAUGCCUCAAGAUGCUUUGACUGGUCCUGGAAUUCCUCAUCAAGCCCAAGCAUUUAACACUUUGAAUCACGGCGAGGUCGUAUGCGCUGUGACAAUAUCUAAUCCGACGCGCCAUGUCUACACUGGCGGCAAAGGAUGUGUCAAAAUUUGGGAUAUUGGCAAUCCGAAUCUAAAGUCUCCAAUAUCUAUUUUGGAAUGUCUGAAUCGUGACAAUUAUAUAAGAAGUUGCAAAUUAUUGGCAGAUGGUCGCACACUUAUUGUCGGAGGAGAAGCUUCCACUCUUAGUAUUUGGGACUUGGGAGGCUCUACCCCUAGGACGAAGGGAGAGCUCAACUCACAAGCACCUGCUUGCUACGCUCUUGCUAUCAGUCCUGACAAUAAAAUAUGCUUCUCCUGCUGCUCAGAUGGCAAUAUUGCUGUCUGGGAUCUUCAUAAUCAAAGUAUCAUCAGAACGUUCCAGGGUCACACAGAUGGUGCCAGUUGUAUUGAUAUAUCUCCCGAUGGUACAAAACUGUGGACCGGAGGCCUUGACAACACUGUCAGACAGUGGGAUCUCCAUAACCUUGGUGGUAAGCAAGUCCGCCAACACGACUUCAACUCUCAAAUUUUCUCACUUGGCUAUUGUCCGACGGGCGACUGGCUGGCUGUUGGAAUGGAGUCGAGCUAUGUUGAAGUACUUAACGAAAAAACGCCAGAUAAAUACCAAUUGCACCUUCACGAGUCUUGUGUUCUUAGUUUAAAGUUCGCUAAUCAGGGAAAAUGGUUCGUGUCGACUGGAAAAGACAACUUACUGAAUGCGUGGAGAACACCAUAUGGAGCAUCGAUAUUCCAGAGCAAAGAAAGUUCGUCUGUUUUGUGCUGUGAUAUCAGUAGCGACGACAAAUUCAUCGUCACCGGUUCGGGCGACAAGAAGGCCACUGUCUAUCAAGUGAUGUAUUGA